AUGGGAUUCUUUAAGAAUGUCGUUGAACCAGCAGCAAUCGCCCUCGCCUUCACAGCCGGCACCAUAAUCAACCGCCGCCGGACAAAGCUGCACGCCGCGCAGACAACGCACACCACCGUCCGCGAUAUCGAGACUUUGCCGGAGGUCUUGUCGUGGAUAUGUGCGACGUUUCCGUUCUUGAAGGAGGUUUGGUAUUGGUUACUUACAUACUGGAUCUACCAACUCAGCCGCGCCUUUUCCGCACGCAUCAUCGCCCCCCACCCCCAAAUCUACCUCCUCGCCAAGCAGCACGCCCUCCAGCUCCUCUCCAUCGAGCACGCCCUCGGCAUCGACAUCGAGCAGUCCCUCCAGGCCUACAUCCUCACCCGGCACCCGGGUCUCAUGCCCGUCCUCCGCCAGAUCUACCAGUCGCACAUCAUCGUCGGCGUCGUCUUCAUCGUCUACACGUACACCGUCCUGCCCACGCCGCUCUUCCGUCGCAUCCGGAGGACCAUUGCCAUGGACAAUCUGAUUGCCUUUGUCAUCGUCUCGCUAUGGCGGUGUUAUCCGCCGCGGAUGCUGCCCCCGGAAUUCGGCUUCGUGGAUAUCCUGCACGCGUCGAAGCCGGCGUCCGUCUGGACGGACAAUAGGUUCCGCCUGACAAUUGCUGCGAUGCCGAGCCUGCACUUCGGCACGUCGCUCUUCUUCGCGGUGUGCCUUGCCAGGUUCAGCCCGCAUGUCUUGGUUCGCGUGCUGGCGCCGCUGUGGCCGCUGGCCAUGUUCGUCACGGUCGUCGCCACGGCGAACCACUUCGUGCUGGACCUCGUCGCCGGGGCCGUGGUGCCGCUGCUGGGCUGGCGCUGGAACAGGGCGCUGCUGGUGCUCGAGGGGGUGCAGGACUGGGUGUUUGCGCCCGUGGUCGAGAGGAUGGAUCCCAAGACUGGGGUGUGGAAGUGA